AAUGGAGCAUGGACCUUUAAGAAGUUCAUACUUGGAUAAACUUGUACAAACCUUGGAAGCAUUAGUAAGAGAAGAUCCAACCUCCCUGCUUAAUGAAAUUAAGGGGUGAUUGGGGGCCUCGGUGUGAUUUGGGGAGGUUAUAGCCACUGAAGAAGAUCACAGAGGUGUGACCGAAUGACAGAAACACAAAUGAGGUCAGGAAAACGGUAUUUUGCUUUGAUUCUCGUUUCUUUCAGCCACCAUUGGCAAGACUAUCCACUAUGAGUAGGCAUGGGAACCAGUAAAAGAAAGUGUCCAUUCACUAGAGCGAAGCAGAGAAUUCAGCAGAGUAUUGUCUGUGGUGAAUGUGUCCGGAAAGGCAAAGGGUAAGAUUCUGCUGUGAGGUUUCUCAUCUCCAUGGUGGUAGGUGCUGACAGCUUCAGGGAGUGCACUGAACUGGCAAAAAGAAAAGAACCCUGAGAUGUCUACACUUCUGUGCUCUUAUGGGAUGAAAGGGACACUAGGUUUGGACUUGAACUUCAUUAGCUGCAACUAAGGUUUUGACUGAAAACUCAAAUUACUAACUAAUACCACACCUAGCACUAUUACUACUACAAAACUCACCUGAAUGCCUUAAGAGCACAAGCAAAAAUGAGCUAUUACAGCAGCAAUUACCGGAUUGUGAAUGUGGACCCCAAAUAUCCGGGCUACUCCCCAGAACGUAUAAUAGCUGAGAAGAGAAGAGCAAGAAGGCGUCUGCUCCACAAAGAUGGCAGCUGUAAUGUAUACUUCAAGCACAUUUUUGGGGAAUGGGGGAGCUAUGUGGUUGACAUUUUCACCACUCUGGUGGACACCAAAUGGCGCCAUAUGUUUGUGAUAUUUUCUUUGUCUUAUAUUCUCUCCUGGUUGAUUUUUGGCUCCAUCUUUUGGCUCAUAGCCUUUUAUCAUGGAGAUCUGUUAAGUGAUCCAGAUAUCACACCCUGUGUGGACAAUGUGCACUCAUUCACAGCGGCAUUUCUAUUCUCCCUUGAGACCCAGACCACCAUCGGGUAUGGCUACCGCUGUGUCACUGAAGAGUGCUCUGUGGCAGUGCUCAUGGUGAUCCUGCAGUCCAUCCUCAGCUGCAUCAUCAAUACCUUCAUCAUCGGAGCAGCCUUGGCUAAAAUGGCAACCGCACGCAAGAGAGCCCAGACCAUUCGUUUCAGCUACUUUGCACUCAUAGGCAUGAGAGAUGGGAAGCUUUGCCUUAUGUGGCGCAUUGGUGACUUCCGGCCAAACCAUGUGGUAGAAGGAACCGUUAGAGCUCAGCUGCUUCGCUACACGGAAGACAGUGAGGGGCGAAUGACAAUGGCAUUUAAAGACCUCAAAUUGGUCAAUGACCAGAUUAUUUUGGUGACACCAGUAACUAUUGUUCAUGAGAUUGACCAUGAGAGUCCUCUGUACGCCCUUGACCGAAAAGCAGUGGCCAAAGAUAAUUUUGAGAUCUUGGUAACAUUUAUCUAUACUGGUGAUUCAACGGGGACAUCUCACCAAUCUCGAAGUUCCUAUGUUCCCAGAGAGAUUCUCUGGGGCCACAGGUUUAACGAUGUCUUGGAAGUAAAGAGAAAGUAUUACAAAGUUAACUGCUUACAGUUUGAGGGAAGCGUAGAAGUGUAUGCCCCCUUCUGCAGUGCCAAGCAAUUGGACUGGAAAGAUCAGCAGCUUCACAAUAUGGAGAAAACAUCACCAGCCCGAGAAUCCUACACAUCAGACACCAGCUCCAGGCGGAGGUCAUUUAAUGCAGUUGCUAUCGUCAGUAGCUGUGAAAACCCUGAGGAGAAUAGCACUUCUGUCACAGAUGCAUGUAAGGAUCCACCUUAUCAGAAAGCUUUCUUGACCUUAAAUAGAAUUUCUAUGGAAUCUCAAAUGUAAUCCCACAUCAGGGGGGGCUAGCACUUGAUCCCAGCCAAUCACUUUAAGGGGAGUAGUUGAAAAUAUGCCUUUUAAAAUUAAUAUACCUAUGUUGUAUGGUGAUAGCAGUAAGCAGAGUAGGUUAAACUUGGUAAAGAAUAAUGUAAAUUUUCCAUUGUUUUGUAUUAUUCAAUUUUUUUGCUAGCAAAUUUUGUGUUGAAAAUUCUAUUAAGAAGUCUAAUUGAUUCAACCUCUUCUUUUAUUAGCUUAUACACUGGUGUCUUCAAUUACAGAUGUGGUGUUUAGUAAUAAGGAGUAAAUGCAAAAUGCUGGAAUUAAAAAAAAUAAGACUGGUGAGCUAGGAUAAAUAAUAGGUUUUAAAAUCUAUAAAAAUUGAAAAUAGAAUGUGGGGGCUGGGGAUUUAGCUCAGCGGCAAAGCGCUUGCCUGGCA